UCGGGGGAAGACUUCCGGGACGGAAGAGAUGAGGUGAGUCACCCGCCAAGCCUCCGGACGAAAGGCGGAGCAUGGCGUGGCCCCGGGUCUUCCGGAGACAGGCUCCCAGCGGGGCCCGAGGACCGGGAUUCACGCACCACCACGUCGUCGUGUUCCUGCUCACCUUCUUCAGCUAUUCCCUGCUCCACGCCUCCAGGAAAACUUUUAGCAACGUCAAGGUCAGCAUCUCCAGUCAGUGGACUCCCACCGUUCUCAACAGCACUGAGGCCGAACUCUAUCCUCAAGAGCUCUGGAACGGAAGCCAUCUGUUCCCCAGCGGGGAGGCAGCCACUCUCUUCCUGGGGACCCUGGAUACCAUCUUUCUCUUUUCCUAUGCCGUGGGCCUCUUCAUCAGCGGCAUAGUCGGGGAUCGGCUGAAUCUGCGCUGGGUUCUCUCCUUCGGCAUGUGCUCCUCUGCCCUGGUGGUGUUUGUGUUUGGCACCGUCACGGAGUGGCUGCAUUUCUACAGCAAGUGGUUCUACUGCAGCCUGUGGGCGGGGAACGGCCUCCUGCAAUCCACCGGCUGGCCCUGCGUCGUGGCCGUCAUGGGCAACUGGUUCGGGAAGGCCGGACGCGGCGUCCUCUUUGGGCUCUGGAGUGCCUGUGCUUCGGUGGGCAAUAUUCUGGGAGCCGGCCUGGCCUCCUGGUUUCUGCAGUACGGUUACGAGUACGCCUUCCUGGUGACGGCCGCGGUGCAGUUUGUGGGCGGGAUCGUCGUCUUCUUCGGCCUUCUGACGUCCCCAAAGGAAAUUGGACUCCCAGAGGUCGAGGCCGAAGCGGGGAGCCCGGAAGAGGACACGCACCAGCCGCUGAUCAGCAAUGCCGACGCCGAGGAGGAAUACGAGCCGAAUUAUUCCGUCCAAGCCGCCGACCGCAACCAGCCCCGGGCCAUCGGCUUCUGCCAGGCCUGCUGUCUUCCCGGAGUUAUACAGUACUCGCUGGCCUUCGCCUGCCUGAAGCUGGUGAAUUACUCCUUCUUCUUCUGGCUGCCCUUCUACCUCAGCAACAACUUCGGCUGGAAGGAGGUGGAAGCCGACCGGCUGUCCAUCUGGUAUGACGUCGGCGGGAUCAUCGGAGGGACGCUGCAAGGGUUCAUCUCGGACGUGCUGCAGAAGAGAGCGCCGGUGCUGGCGGCCAGCCUCCUCCUGGCCAUCGGGGCCCUCGUCGGAUACAGCCGAUCGCCGAACGAUAAAUCCAUCAACGCGCUUCUCAUGGCCGUCACAGGGUUCUUCAUCGGCGGACCGUCCAACAUGAUCAGCUCGGCCAUCUCGGCGGACCUGGGGCGGCAGGAGCUGGUGCGAGGGAGCAGCGAGGCCUUGGCCACCGUGACGGGCAUCGUGGAUGGCACCGGCAGCAUCGGGGCGGCCGUGGGCCAGUAUCUGGUGUCUUUGAUCCAGGAGAACCUGGGAUGGAUGUGGGUGUUUUAUUUUUUCAUUUUAAUGACGAGCUCCACGAUCCUCUUCAUCUCCCCGUUAAUCGUCAGGGAAAUCAAGUCCCUCGUGCAGGCGGGACGCACCCGGCCGCCGAGCGGGUGACCGGGGCCGUCCUCGGAGGGGGACCGACCCGGGCCGGUCUCGCCAAUCCCCCCGAGCCCGGCGCCGGCCGCCGGGCUGGCCGCCGAGCGGGAC